AUUAAACAUGGCAGAUUUUAAUUUAAUGUGAAAAGUAUGUUUUGGAUUGUCCCGUGACUCAAAAAUUUCUACUAUAAUUACAUACAAUUUCAACUACUGUCAGCAAAUUAUCUCAUGUUACUUUCGUAAAAUAGUUAUUCAGCUGAAUAUUAAUGAUUGUGGCAAAAAUAUAAGUCUGAUCUAUCUUUUCAUAAAGAAGAUUCUCGAUUCUGUACUGCCCUUUAAUAUCCACUGACUGAAAAAUGAAUGAUAUCUCUUGUUCAAAUAUGUUGGAGAACCGAAAUGUUGCCAAUGCUUCCCACAUUAUCACAGUUCUUCCUCCUCCUCCAACUAAAAGCCAUAGAGGAUCCCUGAGUGCGGGAAGUAAACAAAGCAGCUUAGCAAUAGAAAAUGAAAUAUCUCCUAGUCAUCAGCCACCUAUACAAGUAGCACCUCAUGUCAUUGUGCCUCCAGUAAAAAAAAGUGAUUCUCCUUGUUCUUCACCCACAGACACUGCUGCAUCUCCUAGAAGUUCUCUGUCAACUGAGAGGAGUUGGUCAUUUUUCAAUAAAGAAGGUUCUACCAGCUGGACAAAUUUUGAAGAGCAUCAUCAACUUCUGGGUAAUGAUGAAGAAAAUAGUGAGCGUCACUCCAGUGAUGAUGAUUUUGACAUUUGGUCCAUUACUGAUGAACAACGAGAGUAUUAUGUCAAUCAGUUCAAAUCAAUGCAGCCAGAUCUAAAAAAGAAAAUAACAGGUGCAACUGCAAAAGAAUUUUUUGAAAAAUCAAAAUUACCUGUUAUUGAAUUAUCAAAAAUAUGGCAGUUAUCUGAUGUUGAUAAAGAUGGUGCACUCUCUAUUGAAGAAUUCUGCACGGCCAUGCAUUUAGUUGUUUUGAGGCGGAAUAACAUAGAUUUACCUGAUGUCUUACCUCCCUCAUUAGUUCCCAAAGUAUUUCAGAAAACUACUGAAGCUGAUGUAAAUAUUCCUAAUCAAGCACAAACUGUACCAACUCAGAGCCAUGUUAGCAGUCCUAAACAAACAUCUCCAUCAGAGCUUGUUUCACCACAAAGUAAAGAAUGGACAAAGUUUAAUGAUUCUCCAACCAGUUCCUUAUCUUCUCCUGGAAUGAAGCCAGUAAAUUUCGAUUUUUCAGCUGCUUCUGUCGAACAAGAUCCAAAAAUCCUGCACCCAGUUGCUCUUCGUUUAUCUCCUGAAAGACAGGCAUAUUCUAUUGCUUCUGAAAAAGAGCAAGCCACUGCUGCCUUAAGUAGUACUCUUAUGUCCCAAUCAGUUGAAACAAAUUCUGAAGCUGUUAAUGUCCGUGUACAUUCUAGCUCUUUUUCUGGAACAAGUGAUGCAUCAAAAAGUGGCAAUAUAGCCUCUCAAGUAGGUGCCAGCCUUCCUCAGGGUCCUAAAAAGGAACCUCCCCCACCUCCUCCCCCUAGACCUAAACAUAACCAUAUCAGAAGUUCCUCAUUAGAUUUAAAUAAAUUAGGUAAAACUGUACCUCAUUUCCUUGGUGCACCCCCAGCUGUUCCACCAAGAGUUUCACCAAGUAGUGCUACACCUCAUAAGUCUAGUGCACAUUCUGAUGAACAUAAUCAAAGUGAAUCUAUAGAUUUUGCAGAUUUCACUAAUUUUGAUGACAAUGAGGUGGCAAAUUUACAGUUGAAGUCUGGAGCUUUUGAAGUUUAUAAGAAACCUCUAACAGCCCAAGAAAGAUUGCAAGACAACUCUUCAGCUGGGUCUGAAACAUAUUUGUUGGAACAGUCUACACUUUCUGCUGCUAUUGAUGAUAGUACAGCUCUGUUGGUAGAUAUCAGUCAUCAAGAUGAGGAAGCCAUUGGUGAAAGGCAAAGGCAUCCUUCAGAACCUCCUUUAGCUUUGACUGCUGCUAAUAUUACAAGUGUACCUCGCGAUAAAAGAGAGCUUCAAGCGGCCAUUAAAGCACAUCGUGUGAGGAAUAUGAUGCUGACCUUGCUUAAUAAUGAACUGAAUCAGGAACUAUCAGAAAUUAUGGAAGAGAGGAUAGCUCUUGAAAUUCAAUUAGAGCAUCUGAAACAAUUUUCUUAACCCAAAUAAGUGCUUCUGGUUACAGGACCUGCUUUAUCUGGCUUGCAUAUUUUCAUCUCCUGUGGAAGAGUUCCUUUCCCCAGUGUGUACUUUUAUUACAUUUCAAGCUUUUCAUUUGCAUCACUAUUCAUAAUAUGUUAAAGUGUUAUUGCUGCAUCUUUUCUAGUAAUACCCAAGAAAAAUUUCAUUUUCAAAGUGGAGAACAAACAUUCUAUGAAUUACAACUAGAUUUUCUGGAGUUUUUAACUGUUUAUGUUUUUGUUUUUCUUUCUGUCUCUUGUUCGUUGAAAUUGCUUGUAUUUAAAAUUAUAUCUAUUGAUUCUGUAAUUGAUACAAACAUUACUUUUUUUUUUCUUUCUUUCUUUUGAUGGAAUGAUAUCAGUGAUUACAUUUAUAGGUCUUUUCUAUUGAGAACUAGUUUCGUAUGGAUAUUUUUUAAGUCAGUAUCUUUAAUUUAUUUAUUUUCAAACAUGUGUAUUUUUAGUUCAUAUGCAUUCAUUUCUAGUAUUUUAAACUUAAUCCCUCUCUUAGUUAUUUUUACGAAUUUCUAAUAAUGGUUUUACUUAUAUAAAUGUUUAAUAAAAACAAAAAUUGUGUUCAUUUCAGAAUUGAAAUCUCUGCAUUAUGCGAUUGGCUAAAUAUAUAUAUUGUGGCUUUUAUUUUUUGAAAAAAAAUCAAAUUGUCAAUAUAAUCUUAAAUUGUAAAGAAUAUGGGAUCACUCUUUUUUAAUAUUGUGUACUUAAAAAGAAAAUCUUUAGGUCUGUCAGUUUAUAUUUGUUUAAAAAAAAAUUAAGUAAUACUAGAUUACAAAAAUCUAGUAGGAGAAUAUUAUAAUUAUUUAACUAUCAAACAUUAGUAAUCAUUAAACAGAUUCUUAUGCCGAGGCAUCAAUAUUUUUUUGAUUAUAAGGUGUGUUGUAUAUCAUAUAAAGAAUAAAAAUUCAUUUUUAAAAUAUUAGGAUGAAAAAUUGAAUACAAAGCUUAAAUUAUUAGAGUCCCUAAAGAAAGCUAAAAGUUAAAUGUAAUUUUGGUUAAACCUACUAGCUGCUAGACUGGCACUUUUCCAUAUUGAUUCAAAUGCUAAUAAUUCGUGCUUAGAUGUAUAUUUUCUUAAAAUAUCCUGCAAGCUUCAGAAUUUUAAUUGAAUACAAAAAAAAAAUUAUUUCAUUCAUUUAUUUAUUUUAACAGCUGUUUUUGUUAGCCCUGAAAGCUUAUAAAUCAAAUUCUAAAGGGCUAAUAUCUGCUUAGAUAAGAACAUCAUAAAAAGUAAAUGGAUUUCAUGCUGUUACCUGAAAAUUUUGUUCUUUUGUUAAAUUAAGAUGACAAAUAUAUAUCAUUAUAUAAUAAAUAGAUCUUUUGCUGAUUCUAACAAGCUUUAAUAAUCACUAGUUAGACAUUUGCAUGGUGCACUACAAAACAAUUCUAUUCUCCCUCUUGUAAUUUGUUACAAAAAUUUUUAUCAAAAAAAUAUUUUGUUACUGUAAAUAAAGAAGUUUAUUGUCUGUACAGAAUUUCAAUUUGUAAACAUUGUAUAUAUUCUAGUAUGCAAGAUUUGAUAGAGGGGCCAUAAUAGAAGGAAGUAAAUUGUUUUUUCAUCAAUUAUAAUUACUAUUUUAGCUGUAUUCGGUUACAAAAGCGCAAUUUUUUUGCUGAAUUUGAAUAUAAAAUCUGUAAUGUAAUUUGGUUGCUAUCCAAUUGUUUAAUGUAAUAAAUAUCUGGUGAAUAUGUGUAUAAUGUAAGAAUGUAACUUAAUUAAUGCAAUAUUAUUUAUUUUUAUUAUUCAGGAUUUUAAUCAUCCUUGUUUAUAUUUAUAGUAACAUUAAGAAAAAUCAGUUUUAUAAAACUAUUUACAAUUUUUUUAAUUGAUAUAAGCAAAGAGAGUUUAUAACUAAGGUAGAAUAACCUUCUUUUUAACAAAUUUUUUAUAAAAUAUAUCUUGAAUUUAGAAAUGCAUAAAAUAUAUUCUUCCUCUUUUAAACUCAAAACAAUAACGAAGAAAGAACACACUAAUAUUAAUAUUUCAGUUCCCUUUAUUUCUUUUACUAAUUGAUGUCUAAGUUUCAAUGUGUAUUUUAUUCUUCAAUUCAACUAAUGAAGGAUUUCUCUAUCCUCACAAUUCAUAGAAAUCUAUGAGCUGUAUUUGUUUUACUCAAAAUCAUACUUAAUUUUACUUCAUUUUAUUCAUAUUUAAGAAAUACUGUAGUUUUGCAUCUAUUCUUAAUUUUCUUCAACUUUUUCUUGCUAAUAAUAUUUAAUAAAAUUGAUUUGUAAUUUCGUAGUUUUAUCUUCUAAUGAGCUUCUUGGGAAGCUUUUAUUACACAAGUGUAAUGUCUCUUUGUAUAUGAAUUAUAUCACCUUAAUUUCAAAUUCAGUGCUUUUGAUUAUAAAUUCAUGUGUUAGGACUUUAAGAACAAUGAAUAGAUUUGCAAAAUUAUUGGUAGAAUACAUGAUGCGCUUUAAUACAGUUGUUAAUAGUUAUUUUAUUGUUACACUUUUUUAUUAAAUGUCAGUAUAUCUAUAAGUGACUUAAAAAUAUAGAUAAUUUUAUUGUUAACUUAAAUAAUUCUUCAGUAAAUUUUUUUUUUAAUUACAAAAAGUUAUUUUUUGUACUGAAAAAAUGUUUUUAGUUUUUUAAAAAUUGGUAAGUUUUACAAUUGUUUUUCUUUACAUUCUGUAAAGUGGAAAUUUACACUGUAUCUAUUCUAAUAUUACUUUGAUAUGUUUUAUUUAUAUUUUAAACCACUUAUUUAAAAUUAUAAAAAUUGUGGUUGGUCAAAAAUUUAUUGAAGUCUUAUUUGACAGGUUCAUUCAAAAUUGCUUAUACUAACAACUUUCAAAUAUCUUUUAAGAGUGUUAAGACAUUUCAGGGUGUAAUGUUUUGAAUUUGAAAUGCAGUUUCUGACUUAAGUAGUGCAUUUAUCUUCAGAAGCAUCAGAAAAAAAUUCUGUCUCAGGAAACAAUCAUUUGUUGUAAUUUUUAUGAACAGAUGUUUUUAUAACUGGUUAUCUUUUAAAGAAGCAUUCAUUUUAAUAUUAGAAAAUGCAUCCCCAAAUAAAAUAUCUUAUUUUAGGAAUAAAAGCAAAAUUCUAUUAUUUGCAUUGAUGUUUUUAGUGUGUUUUUGAUUAACUGUGUAACAGAUUCCUUUAAUAAAAUAAUGAAUUAAGUAAUCUAGUUGUAAUUCAGUUAAAAUACAAAUUAAAAAUUGUGAAAUCUUUCCAAGAAAUAUUAUUUUUUUAUAUUGAGAAUUUAAAUGAAAUUCUGAAACAUUAAUUUAUGCUUAGAUUUUUCUUUUUUGUGUGUGUGUAUGUGUUUUUAUCCCUUCCAUUCUUGAAAAGAACAGAACAAAUUAGACUAGGUUACAUAAGAUUUCAUCUGUAUACAAGUAUAAUUUGAGUUUCAUUAAGCUGGUUGAUUUUAAUGAUAAUCACAAUAAGAAAUAUUAUACUAAUUAAAAUGCUGUUAAUGUUUUUCUCGAGAACUCUAUUUAGCUGGAUAAAUGCAUUCUAUUUAUAAAUUUGAAUAUUCUAUUUAUAAAUCUGUCUGAAGAAGAAUAUAGGUCAAUCUUUAGUGUGAAAGGAUUACUCCAGAUUUUAUUUUGAAAGUAUUGAUAUGUUUAUCAACUGUGUAUGUACAUAGGAAUGUAAGCAUUUAUAUAUUGUAUAAUUUCCGAGUCUGUUAAUGAAUUUUUUUUUUCUUUGUUGAACAUAGCUUGUGUGGUCCCAGUUGCUGGUGUAUAUGUGUGUGCAUGUGUGAAAGCAGUUAUAUUGUUGCCUAGUUCCUGUGUAAAUUUACACUGCUUAAUAAUCUAAUAUUAAAUUUAAUCAUUGUGAUAACAAAGGUGUUGGAUUUUAGGCAGAACCAGUGCAUAUACUAUGGGUUUCACAUUAAAAAAAUAUAUAUUGUUACAAUGCAUUGUCCUUAUAUAAACUUAUUUCUCUACAGAUUUUCAAAUGUCCAUGUUAAUUUUUUUUUCAGACAUCAAUAUUUUAAGUUAUAAAAUUCUUGGCUUCCUUAUAUUUUAUGAAUCUUUAAACUAGUUUAAUCUUUGUUAAAGUUUAUUUCUUAGAGAGUAAUUUGAAAUGUGCUUAUAAUUAAAAGUUGCUUAAAAUGCACCUCAAUAAAGGAAAAUCUAGAAUUUAACUUGUUAAAGGACAUAAAUAAUUAAAUAAUAAUUUUAAAUAGCUAAAUUCUAAUCUUAAAAUCUUCCUUCCUGGUAAUUUAAAAGUUUAUAUAUAUCUUACUAUCAAGAAUAAGGAGACAGAAUCUGUGGGUACAUAGUUUGUAUGUACUGUAUUUGGGAUGCAUUAAAAUGUAUUAAUAUUUGCUAUAUCAUGAAUCUGGAAAUAUAAUGGCAUAUUUUUUCAUUUGUUUUUAUUUGUUAUUAAAGUUAACAUAUUUGUUUUAUUUUUUUCAUAAAAAUUGCCAUAGUGUAAAAUUAUAAAACAAAAAUUAUAUUUAU